UGCUUCUGUUGAGCAAGUUACGAAGUCAGAGGAGGACAAAAAACAUUGCCAGUUAUUGCCAUUAUUCAAGUCCAUGAAGGACUAUGGAAUCUGCGUUAGAACUGCUUUAUAAUACUCUAGAUGACCUGGAAAAAGAAAAUAUAAAGAGAUUUAGGAGUCUCUUAAAAGAAGAUGGGCGCAUUGGAGCUGGUAAACUGGAGGAUGCUGGUGGCACUGACGUAGUGGAUCUGAUGGUGGAGUGUUAUGGACCAGAAGAAGCUGUAAAGAUCACACUGAAGAUCCUGAGGAAGGUGAACCAGAACCAGCUGGCUAAAGAGUUACAGGACAAGCACGAAGAAGUGCAAAAAUCAUUAGAGGCAGCUGAGAAACCCACGAGAGAACGAGAUUUCUGGCUGCAGGAAUUCUUGAAAACUCACAAAAUGAAAAUGAAGGAGAACGUGGAACACAUAUUUCAGGGUAAAGAGGCAAAGGAAGAGCAUCUGAAGAAUGUUUUCACAGAACUCUUCAUUACGGAGGGGGAUAUUGAAAAAGUCAAUCAUGAACAUGAGGUUCUGCAGAUUGAUGAUGCCUUUAAAACCUGUAAAUCACAGAACAGGUCAAUCAAAUGCAAUGAUGUAUUUAGUCUGAACAAAAAUGAGAAGAAAAAGAUUGUGUUGACCAAAGGCAUCGCUGGCAUUGGAAAAACUGUCUCAGUGCACAAGUUCAUUCUGGACUGGGCAGAAGGAAAAGCCAAUGGCAAUAUUGACUGUGUGUUUCUGCUUCCGUUCCGAAAGAUUAACUGCAUUAAAAACAGAGCGAUCAGUCUGCAUGAGUUUCUACAGAAGUUUAAUCCUGAAAUGCAGGACCUAGAAACAACAAAGAUAAAUAAGGUAUAUAAAUGUACGCUUGCGUUUAUCUUUGAUGGACUGGAUGAGAGUCGACUGUCUCUGGAUUUUGACAGUGGAAUGGUGACGAGUGUUGAGGAGCGAUCAUCUGUAGAUGAACUGUUUGCAAGUCUGGUGAACAGGACUCUGCUUCCAUCAGCGCUCGUCUGGGUGACCUCACGACCAGCAGCAGCCAAUCAGAUCCCUCCUGAGUAUGUCGGGUUGUUCACAGAGGUGCGAGGAUUCACUGACCAGCAGAAGGAGGAGUACUUCAGCAAGAGAUUCAAAGAUACAACUCAGACCUCCAGAAUGAUCUCACACAUUAAGAAAUCUCGAAGUCUCUACAUCAUGUGCUACAUUCCCGUGUUCUGUUGGAUCACAGCUACUGUUCUUCAAGACAUCCCUAUUGGGAACAACGCAGAGGACAUCAACACAACACUCACUGAAAUGUACAUCCACUUCCUGCUGAUACAGAUGAACAUGAAAAGCCAGAAGUAUGACAGAAAAAAACAAAGAGAACAUACCAAGCUCUUAGAUUCCAAUGAAACAAUGAUUUUGAAGUUAGCCAAGCUAGCGUUUGAACAACUAAAGAAGGAAAAUAUUGUUUUCUACGAGAAAGAUCUGCAAGCAUGUGAUAUUGAUGUGAGUGACUUUGAGUCCACUGGAAUGCUGACUGAGAUCUUUCAGCAAGAGGCUGGACUUCACGAGGUGAAGGUCUUCUGCUUUGUGCAUCUGAGUGUUCAAGAGUUUCUCGCUGCAGUGCAUGUGUUCCUCUGCUACCUGAACAAGAACAUGGAGGAGCUUCAGUUUUUCUUUGAAGAAACACAGAAUAAGGUCAGGCUUAACUGUGAGCUUCAGUCUGAAAGUCCAUUGCAUUAUUUACUAGUGAAGGCUGUUGAGAAAGCAAUGCAGAGUCAGAGAGGACAUUUAGACCUCUUUUUGCGGUUUCUGAUGGGCAUUUCACUGGAAUCCAAUCAGAACCUGCUCAGAGGCCUGUUCCCUCACACUGAAGACAGCAAAGACAGCGUCACAAAAACAACCGAGCACAUUAGAAAACUAUUAGAAGAGUACAUCUCACCUGAAACUUCAGUAAACCUGUUUUACUGCUUACUGGAGCUCAGUGACAAUUCAUUAUAUAUGGAAAUCCAAAGUUACAUCAAAUCAAAUACAAGAAACGACCUCUCAUCUUCCAUGUGUUCAUUGCUGGCCUAUGUACUGCUGAUGUCAGAGGAGGUGCUGGAUGAGCUCGACCUGACGAUGUACGGGACAUUAUCGGGAGACCGCAGGACACUCCUCCCAGCUGUGAGAUGCUGCAGAAAAGCCAUACUCUGUGAUUGUGACCUCGAUGAUAUCUGCUGUGAAACUGUGGCUGUGGCACUGCAGAUACCAGACUCCCGUCUGAUGGAUCUGGACAUGAGUCACAAUGAGCUGCAGGACUCAGGAGUGAAGCUGCUCUCUGAUGCACUGAAGAAACCAGACUGUCAGCUGAAGAUACUGAGAUUGGAAAGCUGUAAACUCACUGGUCAGAGCUGUGAAUCUGUGGCAUCAGUUCUACAAUCAUCAAACUCCCGUCUGAUAGAGCUGGACAUGAGUAACAAUGAGUUGCAGGACUCAGGAGUGAAGCUGCUCUCUGAUGGACUGAAGAAACCAAACUGUCAGCUGAAGAUACUGAGAUUGGAAAGCUGUAAACUCACUGGUCAGAGCUGUGAAUCUGUGGCAUCAGUUCUACAAUCAUCAAACUCCCGUCUGAUAGAGCUGGACAUGAGUCACAAUGAGCUGCAGGACUCAGGAGUGAAGCUGCUCUCUGAUGGACUGAAGAAACCAAACUGUCAGCUGAAGAUACUGAGACUGGAACGCUGUAAACUCACUGGUCAGAGCUGUGAAUUUGUGGCAUCAGCUCUACAAUCAUCAAACUCCCGUCUGAUAGAUCUGGACAUGAGUUACAAUAAUCUGCGGGACUCAGGAGUGAAGCUGCUCUCUGAUGCACUGAAGAAACCAAACUGUCAGCUGGAGAUACUGAGAUUGAAACGCUGUGCUCUCACUGGUCAGAGCUGUGAAUCUGUGGCAUCAGUUCUACAAUCAUCAAACUCCCGUCUGAUAGAGCUGGACAUGAGUCACAAUGAGUUGCAGGACUCAGGAGUGAAGCUGCUCUCUGAUGGACUGAAGAAACCAAACUGUCAGCUGAAGAUACUGAGAUUGGCAAGCUGUUAUCUGACUGGUCAGAGCUGUGAAUCUGUGGCAUCAGUUCUACAAUCAUCAAACUCCCGUCUGAUAGAGCUGGACAUGAGUCACAAUGAGCUGCAGGACUCAGGAGUGAAGCUGCUCUCUGAUGGACUGAAGAAACCAAACUGUCAGCUGGAGAUACUGGGAUUGACAAGCUGUAAUCUGACUGGUCAGAGCUGUGAAUCUGUGGCAUCAGUUCUACAAUCAUCAAACUCCCGUCUGAUAGAUCUGGACAUGAGUUAUAAUGCUCUGCAGGACUCAGGAGUGAAGCUGCUCUCUGAUGCACUGAAGAAACCAAACUGUCAGCUGAAGAUACUGAGACUGGAACGCUGUAAACUCACUGGUCAGAGCUGUGAAUUUGUGGCAUCAGCUCUACAAUCAUCAAACUCCCGUCUGAUAGAUCUGGACAUGAGUUACAAUAAUCUGCGGGACUCAGGAGUGAAGCUGCUCUCUGAUGCACUGAAGAAACCAAACUGUCAGCUGGAGAUACUGAGAUUAGUGUCGUGUGAGGUGACAGAUGAAGGCUGUCGUUAUCUGGCUUCAGCUCUGCGUUCAAACCCUUCACACCUGAGAGAGCUGGAUCUGAGAGAGCUGGAUCUGAACUCAGAAGAAUCAGGAGUCAAGAUGUUCUCUGAUCUACUGAACGAUCCAAACUACGCACUGAACAAACUCGAGUGUAUUCAGAGGAUAUGAGAGAAAGCCAUUUUCUUGUGCUUGAACAAAAGAAAAUAAAAAUAGAGUGGUCUUACCCAACUCCUUAACUACAUGAAAAACAGGAGAAAAAGAAAAUAAGUGGCACCCAAACCCUACUGCUUCAGCUGUGAAGGAAAAUUUUAAUAUUUACAGUCUUUACAGUAAAGGGGUGCAACACACUGCCCCAAUAAUGAAAAUAAAAAGAAAAUACACUGGGGGAAAACAUAACGGGGACAAGAUACAAAAGGUAAGGGGAAAAAAUUAAAGCUUCGCACCUAUAAAGGGAAAACACACGAAAGAGGAAAAAGCACACAAUUUACUCAUCACAAUGAACUAUAGCACUUCAAUCAAUCUCUCUCGAUGACACAACACACCCACAGAAUCUCCCCCCGCUCCCCGUCAGCAUCCACAGCGGAUUUCAGAGGACGCUCCGCUCUUUUCUGCCGAUCCCAGGCAUGUCAGGUGCAUUCAAUGAAAGUGGAUCAGAUUCCUGCAUUCACGGAACAGUUUGAGUUUAUAGGUUCACUUCUGAGUGUUCAGGAAAGGGUUUGAACCUCUUUGCAUUGCUGGUUGAGGUUUAGUCGUAGUUAUUUACUCUUAAAGUGCUUUUAAACAUCUCUGUGGAAAAAGAAGGGGAAGUAAUCUGCAAAAAAAGUUUUUUUUUGUUUUUGUUUUUACUGCUGCUUCACAAAUUGUAAAAUUUUAGGUUAGUUUCAUGAAAGCACUUUACAGGCGCCUGAGAAGAGCUUGUGCUGUGACUACUAUUAAAUCAUCCAUUAACCAGAAUAUCAUCUGUGUUUGUGUUUAACCGUAAAGUCUAAAGCACACUCAUUCAAGCACUAUGAUGCUAAUUUAUA